CGGAGGGAGACUGGGAGGGAGAGUAAUGAGGUCAAUGCCGCCGCCAUUGCCGCUGCUCUGCUCCUCCGCCCUCGUCUUCUUGCUGCUCCUGCUGGGUCGCCCGCUGGGGGCCAAUGGGAGGGCCACGCCGCCCGAGGCUUCUGCGCCCGCGGGACAGCAGGCUGCCCCCGCCGUCAACGGCAGCGUCGCCUCCGCGAACGGCGCCGCCGCCGGGCUUCCUGCGGCCGCGGCGCCUCCUCCCGUGGUGGUCAUUGUGGUGGAGAGGCACCAACACCUCCGCAGGGAGCUUAUUGUUGCCAUUGUGGUCUCAUCCGUCGCCGGCGUCAUGAUCAUCCUUGCCGCACUGUACUCCUUCUUUCUGUGGCGGCGAUCACGGCGAGCCCUGGUCGACUCCAAGGACACCCAGAGCAUAGAUACUGCAAGGAUCGCAUUUGUGCCAAUGUUGAAUAGCUUCAACUCAUACAAGACUAGCAAGAAGAGUGCUGCCGUGAUGAUGGAUUACACAUCUUUGGAGGCGGCGACGGGAAAAUUCAGUGAGAGCAGUGUGCUUGGAGUUGGUGGGUUUGGGUGUGUGUACAAAGCCAAUUUUGAUGGAGGGUUUGCUGCUGCGGUGAAGAGAUUGGGUAAUGAGACACAGAGUUGCCAGAAGGAAUUCGAGAAUGAGCUAGAUUUGCUAGGGAGGAUUCGGCAUCCGAACAUAGUGUCCCUUGUGGGCUUCUGUAUUCAUGAGGAAAACCGUUUCAUAAUUUAUGAGCUGAUGGAGAAUGGGUCAUUGGACUCACAACUUCAUGGGCCAUCACAUGGAUCAGCUCUAACCUGGCACGUUCGGAUGAAGAUUGCUCUUGACACAGCAAGGGGAUUAGAGUACCUGCAUGAACACUGCAACCCACCAAUUAUCCAUAGGGAUCUGAAAUCAUCUAACAUACUUUUAGAUUCAGACUUCAAUGCUAAGAUUUCAGAUUUCGGCCUGGCAGUGACUAGUGGGAAUCAUAGCAAAGGGAAUAUAAAGCUUUCUGGAACUAUGGGCUAUGUAGCACCUGAGUACUUAUUAGAUGGGAAGUUGACUGAGAAGAGCGAUGUAUAUGCGUUUGGAGUAGUACUUCUAGAACUUCUGCUGGGAAGGAAGCCUGUUGAGAAGACGGCACAAUCUCAGUGCCAAUCAAUUGUUACAUGGGCCAUGCCUCAGCUAACUGAUAGAUCCAAACUCCCUAACAUAAUUGACCCCAUGAUCAAGAACACAAUGGAUCUGAAGCACUUGUACCAAGUUGCUGCAGUGGCUGUGCUCUGCGUGCAACCAGAGCCAAGUUACAGGCCACUAAUCACCGAUGUACUCCAUUCUCUGGUACCCCUAGUGCCCAUGGAGCUUGGAGGAACUCUGAGGAUCAGCCCAGAAUCGCCCUAUGCUACUCAGAAGCAUUCUCCCUGUUGAGAUAAAAGAAACAUGGGCAUGACUGGAAUUGGUGAUUCAGCACGGUUCAUCCAAGUGGUUCAGAACUCCAGAUAACUUAUGAUGUUGAGCACGGGUUGUUGUUCCUUGCUUUGCAUUGCCUUCCAUGGUGUUUGUCUGAGUCCCAAUCUGAGGUGCUGCUACUUGUUAAGCUGAAUUGGCCGAGUUUUGGGGGUUUUAGAGGAGGGUUAUGUAUUUCCCUGGCUGUAUAAAGAAGUAAAAAGAAGUCUUUUUUUUAAUCUGGUAACUGCUGUAUAGAUUAAAGAUUUUCCACACUGUAACUCAGUACUACCAUUGAUGAAAAUAUGAUCUGCCCCAGAUCAUGUCGUUUAUUGUGUCUA